AUGAGCACCCCAGAGAACCAAUUCUUCGGCAGCCCUACCGAAAUGGUUUCUGCACCGAACUUAAGCAUGUAUUUGAGGGAGAAGAGUGCGAUACGGGGCGAACAACAGCGCCGCAGGGCAUUGUUAGAAAUGGUCAAUCGAGCCGUGUCUAGAGCAGAAGCAGUACGGCGACAACCUGUGACAUUGACCGCUGGCCCCCGAAUUGGCGACGCGCUGUCCACUCGAAACGACUCCCUUGCUGGCUCGGGCUUUACGUGCACAGUAUGCAAGCGGGAGUUCCAAGUCUUUGACGACUACUACAAGCACAUGGAGCAGACGAACCACCACCUACCCUCCUUGAACCAGCAGCCUCAAGCCGUCGACCCCAAUCUCCCACCCACCUUCUACUGCAACUUAUGCCACGAGCAUUUCCCCGACUACGCGCAGCUUCAAUCCCACGUCGAGCAAAACUUCCACCACUUCCCACCGGCCCGCGACGCCCACCGCGCCUCAGCCCACGCAUAG